AUGACCACCCCAAAGGAUGCAGCUUAUGUAUCCGAUACACUCCAGUACUGUGCGAGUAUUUAUCCCUGGGUCAAAAGCGGGAUCUUAGCCCCUCUUCAAUCCUAUUUUCCCACAAGGAUAUCUAUCCCCGAGCCCCCAUUGAACCAUAACUCCUUUACUCUCGUCAGUGGCUACGACAAAGUCCAAUGUCAGAGUAUGAAUGAUCCCCUGGGUCCUUCUUUCAUAUCACCAGAUCAUGGAAGCGACCAAGCUACCAACUUUAUCAACAGAAUGCCUAUAGAAAUAAUUGGAAAAAUAUUCGAGCUGGCCAUUACCGGCUCUAGCGCCGGUUUGUCUAUGCGACGAGCAAUCGAAGAGACACGUCUCUGCCUUUAUAAUAUAGCCGGAGUUUGUAGGGGCUGGAGGGCAGCUGUUCUAGCCCAAACAUCUCUCUGGAACCUCAUACCCAUUAUUUGCUACCGCGGUCGUCAUCGAACGUUCAUUACCAUGCGUUCGGCUGCUCUGGCUAUUGAACGUGCCGAGUGCUCUAAUAUGCGACUCGCUGCAGAUCUAGGACUCUUUCGUCCAGCGGGAUCCCCUGUUUUGGAACAGCUCUUCAGGAUUAAACCUCGCAUUCAUUACGUUAAUCUACGGACAUCGGGCUAUUUCAAUCUAGAAGAGAUUCUCAAUCCGAUUAUAGAGAUCGCUGGCAUAGACGCCAUUACCGAACUUUCCCUUUGCUUUGAACCAUCUGCAGUCUUCAUGUCGGAGCGUCCAGACUCGUACGUAUUAUUUGGGCACAACAUGGACUCACAGCUACCGCUAUUCGAGCUCAGCCUGGGAUCCGUCAAAGUGCUUCGACUUAAAAAUGUCAUUUUUCGCGCUCCGAACGCUUCACUCGGUAUUCUUCGAGAAUUGCGACUCCAGGAUAUCAUGUUCGAUAAUAGUAUCGCUUUGAUGGAGACAUUGAAGCCACUGAGUACCGCAUCUCGGUUGGAACGGCUUGACUUUAUCAAAAUCGAAGUGAAUGACGUCAACUCGCACACACCAAUUCCGGACAUCUCAAUAUUGCUCCCAAAUUUGCGAACACUCAAUAUCGAGGACAUGUCUUAUGAAGCCACACACACAGUGCUCUGCUGUAUAAAACCAGGCUCUUAUCAAACCGUCUUGUUAUUCUCAAGUAUUUUGCUAAGCCAGCUUGGGAUUAAUAUUGAUUCCGACAAACAGAACCAAUGCAAUAUACUCGAACAAGCAAUACAACCUCAUGGGCACUCUACUCUAGUAAUUCGUACCGAGGGAAAUGAUAUUGAAUCGCGAGCUCUACAUGAGCUGCUUCACCGCUUGCCCAGUCUGACAAGAGUCCAAAUACAUACAACUUCCUUGAGCCUUGCGUUGUGCUCCACACUAACCCAGCAUCCGGAUCCUGCAGACCUUGCGACUGGGUUCCCUCAAUUCUCCCAGAUUUAUUUGAAUUCUGAAUCAAUUCAUAAUAUUCACGAAUGGCAAGACUCGUUUGUCCAAAUGCUCUCGAGCCAUCCUCUUGAGGAGGUAAUAUUAGGGGGUGCUCUGAGAGUCCUUGCGUCUGAAGCAUUCAACGUAACAGGUUAUGUCGAUUCCGAGCACAACUAUGAUUAUGUUUCGACUCGAGUGUUAUUUUCAUGUAGAUCAUGGCUACAGAACGGUACCGUCAAGAUUAGAAAGGCACCCAUCGCGCCUGAGCUUUGCACGCUGGACGAAUUGUUUGCCAGCGAGAUGGACAUUUGGACCAGCAUUAGACGAUUAGGAAAAGACGUGAACAAGAAUGCACUCAUUCUGCAGAAAUGGGGGCGCGCUAGUUCAAAUGAAGCAGUGUCGGAUGUUAUGUUUCACUCCGCGAAUGUACUUAUAAAAUUCUCCUUGGCUCUCGUCCAAUUCAGCACCCACGGGGAAAUAAUCAGAAAUCGACUUCAGGCAAUUAGGGAUGUUACGAAUACUCCAGAGCAUGCAUCCCAAUACAAAUUAUAUGCCCCAUCGCCACCAGGGUCAAGCCCAGAUAUCCUAUUGAAAGCUGACCCAGCCAAAAUUUGUUACGAUUCCCCGACUAUAAUUCGAGAUCUCAUGAAGCAGAAGUUCGCUGGAAUGGAAGAGUUAGCUAGGAAAUGCAACGUGCUGGCCUAUUACGGAAACAUGUUAACUGGGGAGUUACCAUCGGAAGAGGCGGUCUCUGCUACGCUCGCUUAUAAGGGAAAGGAUCGGACUGCUGAAAUUUGGCACGAAGCUAUCCGUGAGGCAACGCAACCGAGACUUGGUUACCUGGCGAGCCGGCAAGAUGACGAAGGUGGCUCUGAGACCAACAAUUAUGGGUCACCAACACCUAUUGAAUUUGAUUCUUCAUUGUCAUCCUUAUCCUCUGUUACUCAGGAGAGGAAUAGGAGAUGGGCGAUAAUCGAUGAGGAUAUAAAACUUGUACUAGCACGGGCUGGGGGUGCAGCUAUAAACGCACGUCUCGUUUCCGAAAGAAAUAAUUUGGGCUCAAUAUCUCAAGAAAGCUCAAGGUCGAGACUAUCCUUUUGGCCAAGAAAAGUGACGGAAGUUUCUCGGGCGAAACCCCAGCUCGGGAGCAACAUUGCUCAAGCUGACCCCUUGCCACUUUUCAAUACGCCUUCAUCACCCCUUCGCAAGAUGUUCAAGUCGCGUCCGUCGGGCGGUAUGCUCGGCUCCGUGGGCGCAAAGAUCGCCCAUGCCUCGACGAUCACAGCACUCGGUAACCCUGAUUUACGAACGCUACAGGACCUUAUCACCGCAGAAAAGGGGGUAUUAGUAGGUGUUCAACGACUCGCUGGGGAGAUUGGCAAGAGCGCCGAAACAUUGAAGACUUGGGGUCUCGGCGAGGGCGACGACCUUGGCGAUGUUCUUUCCCACUCGACCAAUCUGCUCGCCCAAUUCUCGGCCGCCCUAACCCAAUAUGCCUCGUAUGAAGAACAAAUCCGAACUCAAAUGAAGUCGAUUAGGUCUCGAGAAGAAGAUCUAGAUGAGAAGAAGAGGAGGAAGCGCAAUGUGGACAACAAAGCUGAUGGUGCAGACAAGAAGUUAGCCAAAAUGAGCCCCGAGCACAAAAGUCGCAUGGCCCAGGUCGAACUUUUGAACGAACUAAAGGAAGAAGGAAGGCGAUUGGAAAUUGACAUUGUGAACGAAGAGGCCGCAAUCGGUGAUUACAAGCGCCGUGCAACAAGAGAAUUCUUGGGACUCAAGUUUGCAGGAAUGGUUGAAUUGGCCGAAAAGACAACUAUUAUCGGCGACCUCGGGAAGUUGAUGAUUGAGCAAAUCCCCCUCUAUACGACGCCACCUGGUCAGCCCAGGCCAUUAUACACCAGUCGGGAAAAAACGGCGGAGCUAUCUUCAGAGGCAAUGCGCUGCAUUGGCGAAGUACGAAUCAAUCCUCCCGUAUUACCCGAACCGACUCCAGCUACGACGACGUUCCAGCCGUUCAAUCAUUAUAAUAAUUCUGGGCCGGCUACACCCGGGACUGAUCAUGUUAACGGUGUUACCGGGAGUACGAUGCCUCGGGGUCCUAACAACUUCAACGAAUUCGGUGAAAGUCAAUACUCCGGUCCCGGUGGUAGUGGGUUCUCCACUGGUUCGCUGCGUAUUGGGGAGGAUGGAUCUCGUGUCGGAAAUACCGGUGCUGGGGAAUUUCAUACUCUUCCCGCACGUACUAGUGGAUUUGGAAGUGGACUUCCCCCAAUUACUCUUGGGGACCAUGGAAGAGAUGACACCUUCUCGUCUAGCAUUGCUGACGCUCUUUCUCAUGAUCCUACUUUCAGCCCACAACACGCGCCUACUCCACCUCCACACGAACCUCCCCAAUCAUCUCAUCAACCCACCGCUCCGGUCGGAACCUACGCCCCACCACCUGGCCCCCCUCCCGGCGCAUACCAGCCCCGCCAAUUAUCCGAGUCGUACUUUUCCAAUGCUCUUCCCGACCCUACUCAAUCGCAUUCGCCACUUAUGCCUCCGCAUGGAUCACCAUGGGCAACUACCCCUUCUGCCCCUGCAUAUUCUCGACCGUUGCCAGUUCAUCCCCUACCAGAUGCCGAAGGACAGGUGGCAGGUUUCACUCAUGAAAGGGAUAUAUCUCCUCCGCCAGUCUUCCACCCACCAGCGCCUCCUGCGCCUCCUGUGCCUUCAACAUCUCCCCCUCCUGUGUCUCAUACAAUCCAGGCGCCAUCACCGCCACCAGUACUCGCGAUGCCCGCAUCCCCAGUACCGGCACCAGCGGCACCAGCAACGCCGCCAGCGCCGCCAGCAGCCAACCAGCCACAACCCAUCCCGUAUGCCGACAGCUUGCGCGACUUAUCUCCCUCACCUCCACCGGUUCGAGACCCUUCGCCCGCUCCCGCUCCGAGACUUGAUCAACAUGAAGCAUCCAACCCAUUAGUGAGGGAAGAAAGUCACGAGGACAUUUUCGCCAUGUACGGUUCUUCCAACCGCAACUCGGCUGCUAGCCCUCCGCCACCACCACCUCAGCCUCAGAGCCCUUCCAAUAAGCCUAGCCUUGGGGUGAUAUCCGCUCCGACUGAUGCACUACCACCACGUACACCUUCGCCCCCGCAUAUUCAAACACAAGAAUCGAACUAUGGUACUCCAUCCGAAUACCCUAAUCCUUUCUCUUCGCCGCUCCCUCGUCCACCUACACUUCCUACGCUCAGCAAUGUGUCUCCUGUUACAUCCCCUACUUCUCCUGGUGGCUCUGGCCGUAUGAUCUCAGCAGGGGCUUUCAGGCGUAACGUUUCUCGUUCUGAUACACUUGAUCCUGGGUCUAGUCUGCCGCCCCCCGUCAGUCCAUUAUCAGUAAGGAAAAAGGGGCUGGGUGGGAGCGAGGACAUCUCACGGGGUAAUUCUCCUGUUCCUGCAUCUCCGGGAGCUCCCCCAAUUUAUUCAGCGAUUGACGGAGAAGGCACGAGUUUGGGAAGGAGUACGAGCCCUCCUGCCGGUGGAUCUGGCGGGGAUUCCAAAGCACCUCAGAAUUGA